AUGCAACUCACCAACACCCUCCUCCUCACCCUCAGCGCCGUAGCACUCACCCUCGCCGCCCCGCAAGUCGGCGCCACCCCCGAACUCGGCGUCGCCAAAGACUUCCCGGCCACGGACCUCGACUUCCUCGACUUCGCCAUCCCGGACAGCCCCGGCGCCACCAUCACGCCCACCACGACCACCACCCCCAGCACCAACGCAACAGCAACCAAGCUCGCGCCGCGCCAGAACGGAACGGUGGCGCCGAAGCGGAUGCGGUACUGCCAGCACGACAACGGGCGGGGCGAGUGCCGCAACAUCGAGUUCCCGGACAUGAAGUGCGUGAACCUGGACCGGGCGUGGGACAACCGCAUCAGCAGCGCGUACAUCAACGCGCCGUGGUGGUGCCGGUGGCACCCGGAGAAGAACUGCAAGGGGCGCAGGGUCGACAUGCGGUUUCCUGGCAUCUUCAACUUCAAGACGGUCGGGAUGAAUGAUCAGGCGAGUUCGUUUUUUUGUUGGCAUAUGUUUUAA